UGACGUCACGGCUCCACACAGCAGAUACGCACUGAAUUAUUUGAGACGCCGGAGGGUCGUUCAAUGCGGUAAAAAUAGAAAAACAAUCAGAACAUCUAAGAAGGGGUUUUUUUUUUGUCGGCGAAGAGAGAACCUCUGCUGUCCUCAACGGAUAACGAUAUAUGUAUUUUUUUUCUGCCAAGGUGAUUUUUCAGUCCAGAGAUGAAUUUUGAGCAGCCUCCUCCGUACCCAGGCCCUGGCCCAAGUGCUCCGGGCUACCCUGUUCAGGGCCAUCCUCCUCAGGGCUACCCUCCUCAAGGAUAUCCUGUCAACAUGGAGCAGCCUAAUGCAGCGUACCCUAACUACCCUGCUGGACCCAUGGGCCCCGGAGGCCCGUACCCUGGCCCUGGACAGCCUCCCUACCAAGGAUACGCUGGACAACCUCAGUUUGGCUGGCAAGGGGGUCCUCCUCCUGGACCGAUGUAUGGAGAGGCUCCCAAAAACACAGUGUAUGUGGUUGAAGAGAGGAGAAGGGAUGACACAGGAGACACAUGUCUCACGGCCUGCUGGACAGCUCUGUGUUGCUGCUGCCUUUGGGACAUGCUGACAUAACACUCUUCCCCCAACUGCUAUCCCCAUUACCCCCUACCCAUCUCUGUGCCUGGAAGCCUACCAUCCCCCUCUGCCUUAAACCUCACACUCCCCAACCCCUGGCUUCAUUAAUAGUCUUUCACUCGUCUAUAAAUAAAAAGGCAGUCCGCCAUCCCCUCUGAGUCUGUGAUUCUCUCACUUGAGCGCUUAUUCUACCUUGAAGAAUGGCCUCAGCACUGACCCUGUUUUAGGGGGUUCUCCGUAGCAGCUUGUAACCAAGCUUUUAAUCAUACCCUAAAUCUCAGGCUCUACUGUAAUCUUACACCAAUACACAACAGACAUACUACAUACCCACUGCUAUACAUAUUGUACAUGCAUACUCACACUCAUCUACUUUUGCUUUAAAAGGCAGACAUGCAUUCACAUGUGCACACACACACACAC